AGGGCCUGAAAGAUAUAAUAAUAGUGUAAAAUUAAGAAAGCAAAGACAUAGUUAUAGUUAGUACUUAGUAGUUAAGAGUACACAGACAUAAAAAACAUUAACUUCUCUGGCUUUACUUCCUGCUCGUCACUACACAAAAACACUGAAUUCAAUCAAAAUGGAAGAUUUCAGAUCCAAAUCGUACGGUGAUGGAAGGAUGCAGCAAAUUGAGACCUACUCUGCACCUCAAAACGGAGCAACUACUACUACUACCGUCUAUGGCAUGCAAGAUCUACGUUGUUACAGUGCUUCUUACACCUCCUCUGUUCACCCAACACAAACCCAAAACCAACCCCAAAUUGGUGCUACUACUAACGAUGUUAAAUUCAAGAAAGGAAAAUCCACAAAUGGGUCAACUUCUAAAAGUUGGAGCUUUAAUGAUCCUGAAUUGCAGAGGAAAAAGAGGGUUGCUAGUUACAAAGUUUAUGCUGUUGAAGGUAAACUCAAAGGUUCUCUUAGGAAGAGUUUUAAGUGGAUUAAAGAUAGGUGCACCAGAGUUGUUCAUGGUUGGUAGGUUAUAUAAAUUAAGGGUCUUGUCUUGCUAUUUAAAUUGAAAUUGAAAUUGAAAUUAAACCCUUAUUUCUUAUUUGGGGGUUUCUAAUUUUGGUGCCGUGUCACCAUCUGAAUUGAAAUUUCAAUUGGGGUUUCACAUAUGAAUAAUUGUUAUUUGUUUGGCUUGUUUAUUUAUUGGUUAUUGUUUGUGUCAAGGAUAAUUGGAUUGUAAUAUAUUAUGGAAGAGAAAUUGUGAUUCAUGUCUUCAAUGUAGUUUGUUUUUGCAAAGAAUGUUGUAAGUAAUCAUCUUGUUUGUAGGUGAAGUGUCACUUCAAUGGUAAGAUUUUGAUAUUGUAAUUUAAGAGACAGAGUUCCAAUCUGCUUGGAGAUGAUUGUAAAAUAAUUAUUAGUGUCACUUUAAUUAAUAAUAAUACGAUGAUUUUGAUUUAGUGCUGUAA